AUCAGACCGAGAUAUCAGCUAAACGUCUCUAUUUUAUUCUCUCGCUCUCUCAAAUACAAACGGCCGCUGCACCGUCUGCGUUGACUAAAAAGCGUUACUUGGAAAUGGAACACAAUUUACAAGGAGAUAAACUGUGUACUGGCUUAAAGAACAUUCUAGUCAGAGGUAGCCAGAAAAAGGAGAGUACUUUUGAGAAACACAAGGGGGGCUGUCAGUGACGCUGGUUUACAGAGCACGUCUGAGUGCGUGUGUGUAAGCACCUGGUGCCAGUCUCUGUUGUAUAGGGAUAUGGGAAAACCCAUUCUGAACUCUACCUCCCUCCUGUUAUUGUGCACAGAGCCUGCAAGAGGACAGCUUUCUCCUGUGGAGGAUGCCUAACAGGCUGAAGACGCAGUCCUGAAGAUUGAUGGAGGGCCAUGCUAUUCAAACAGCAGGCGUUGCUGAGACAGAAACUCUUUGUGCUAGGCAGCCUUGCUAUUGGAAGUCUCCUGUAUCUAGUUGCCAGAGUUGGGAGCUUGGAUAGGCUCCAGCCUAUUUUCCCCAUAGAUGAUCGUUCAGGCUCCCACAUCUCUGAGCAAAUCCCCCUGCGCACCCUACAGUUCCAGCGUGGCCUGCUACACGAGCUUAGGAAAGGCAAUGCACUGAUAGAACAGAUUCGACUUCACAACCUGGUUCAGCAGCUCCCACAGGCGAUCAUCAUCGGAGUGCGGAAAGGGGGCACCAGAGCCCUGCUGGAGAUGCUGAACCUGCAUCCAGCAGUGGUCAAAGCCUCCCAGGAGGUCCACUUCUUUGAUAACGACCCCAACUAUGCCAAGGGCAUCGAAUGGUACAGAGGGAAGAUGCCCUUUUCUCACCCGCAUCAGAUCACCAUAGAGAAAAGCCCUGCCUACUUCAUCACUGAGGAAGUUCCAGAACGAAUCUUUAAAAUGAACUCGUCCAUCAAACUGCUUCUUAUCGUGCGGGAGCCCACGACCAGAGCCGUUUCUGAUUACACUCAAGUGCUGGAGGGCAAGGAAAGGAAGAAUAAGACCUACUACAAAUUUGAGAAGUUAGCCAUCGACUCCAACACCUGUGAGGUUAACACAAAGUACAAGGCAGUGCGCACCAGCAUUUACACAAAACAUUUAGAGAAGUGGCUCAAAUACUUCCCCAUCGAACAGUUUCAUAUCGUGGACGGAGACCGGCUCAUAACGGAUCCCUUGCCAGAGCUUCAGCUUGUGGAACAAUUCUUAAAUCUCCCGCCAAGAAUUAGUCAGUAUAACUUGUACUUCAAUGCCACCAGAGGGUUUUACUGCUUGCGAUUUAACAUUGUCUUUAACAAGUGCCUGGCAGGUAGCAAAGGGCGAAUACACCCAGAGGUGGAUCCCUCUGUUGUUACCAAACUGCGCAAGUUUUUUCACCCUUUUAAUCAGAAGUUUUACCAGAUCAUUGGAAGAACAUUUAACUGGCCAUGAAGCUAAAUGUUUACAACAAUUACGUUGAACUAGCAGACCUUUAAAAAAAUGUCUGUUGCAAACUAUAAAAAAGCACUUUUAUUAUUAAGAUAAAGACAAGCAAAUUAUGAAGCGACCAAAUAUGAAAUGGGAUCAAUGUUUGUUUUAUUUAUUUCUAUAUAAAAUGUAUUGCCAGUUUACAUGUCUAAAUUCACUAAUAUUUUAAGUGACCAUUCUAAUCAUAUAACAUAUAUUUACUGUUUAAAAUGACAGAUUUGAUAGAUUUCCAUUUGUAUCUGUAUAUGAUUAUAAUGUAUGUCUUUAAAUGAAGUGUUUAUUUUGUAAAAGAAACAUUUAAAAAAAAAAAAAAAAAAACAUAAAACGUCAGCCCAGAUUUUCAACAUUUGCAAUUUGUAGCAUAAGAUAGAUAACGUUGCUCAUACAACGUUUUGCAAAAUAAAUUACCCUCUAAAAACAAACAAAAAAAUGUUUGAUCUGCACAAAAGAUACUAAAAACAAACA